AAUGGUAUAAAUAUCUUCCACAGGAAAGGAAAGAAAACAAAGACUGGUAAAGCUGGUUCUAAAAAAGAGCCAACUGAUAGAGAAGCCACAGCAUUGCCUCCUCAGGAAAAAACCCCAAAACAGAAAGGGAAAGAAGUUACUGCACCUCCUCCACCUCCAGCAGCAGAGAGUCAGACUGAUUUACAGCGAAAGAAACGAACUCGUGCUGAGCAAAAUGUUGAAACUGAAGAGGAAUAUAUGCAGAAACUUGAAAUAAAGAUAAAAAUUCCAGAUGAACUCAAACACUGGCUUGUUGACGAUUGGGAUCAAGUAACACGGCAAAAAAAACUGGUCCAGUUACCUGCACGAGUUAAUGUUGAUACUAUAAUUUCUGAUUAUGUCAAGCAAAAGUUAUCGGUUAAAGGAAUUACUCCUAAUAAAGAAACUGCUAUUGUAGAAACAACAAAUGGGAUACGAGAGUAUUUUAAUGUGAUGCUUGUCAAGCAGUUACUUUAUAAAAUAGAACAACCGCAACAUGCUGAGCUCGUUCUUGAAAAUCCAGAUUCAACUGCAUCUCAGCUGUAUGGAGCUAUUCAUCUGUUACGACUAUUUACAAAACUAGGUGGUGCUCUUGCAUAUACAGUUUUGGAUGAAGAUAGUGUAAAUUUACUGACAAAUCAUCUAUAUGACUUUUUAAAAUAUCUGUCCAAAUGCCAGCCAGCUUUAUUUAGUCUAAGUGAUUAUAUUGCAGCAACACCUGAGUAUUUAAAAAAGAUAACUUGAAUUUAAUAUCAUUCAAGAAAAAUAUGGUGAACAUGACUUUACAAAAAAGACUACAGUGGAGCAUGUGUUUUAUAGCAUUUAAAUAAAUUUUCCAUAAUUUUCCAAAAAAGACAACACUGGACCAUGUGUAUUAUAUAUACCAUUUAAAUAAAUUUUCUUUUCAUUUUACCACAAAGUGUUCAUAUUGUAUGAUAUUCAUAUUUGUAAAAUAAAGUUUUUUCAUCUUCUGAAAAGAACAAAUUAUUGA